UUCAUUGAAAUACCUUAAAAAAAGAUUCCUCAAUCUCUAUGCUCUAACAGAAAAUUCCUCCAAGAAAGGAUAAAAGGAAUAAAGAAAUUAUGAUUCCUUUAACUCCUUCCGUAUUUCUUCACUUUAUUUUCAUCUUCGCAGUUGUCAACGGCGAGCAGGAUUCUAUUUACGAGAUCCUAAAGUCCCAUGGGCUGCCCAAGGGGUUGCUUCCGAAGGGGAUAACCCGAUUUGACUUCGACGAUACGGGCCGGUUCGAGGUUCAUUUGGAUCAGGCCUGUAAUGCCAAGUUUGAAAGCGAGUUGCAUUAUGAUAGAAACGUUUCGGGGACUUUGAGUUACGGGCAGAUCGGAGCCUUGUCGGGGAUUUCGGCUCAAGAGUUAUUUCUUUGGUUCCCCGUUAAAGGGAUUCGGGUCGAUGUUCCGAGUUCAGGUCUUAUUUAUUUUGACGUCGGUGUCGUUUCUAAGCAGUUUUCAUUGUCGUUGUUCGAAACGCCAAGGGAUUGUUUGGCGGUUUGGGAUUUUGAAUCCAGUGAUUCGAUUCGAGAUGGCAAGUUAUUAGCUGAAGCAAUCGCCGAGAGUCAAUCUGCGAAACUUCGAUAUGAACUUGAUCAGGAAAGUUUUGAGAGGAACGAGGUGUAGAAGGGUGGACAAAAGAAUUUGUGCAAUAGCUCAAUCAGUUUAGCUAUGAAGGGUAUUUUGGGGCUCUGGUCCCCCCACGUUGUAAAUUUUCGUCGUAGAGUCUGCUCUAGGUGGUCUUUACGCUUCCAUCCUGUGUGCUUUGCUUGCGUUUUUUUUUUUUUUUUUGUUCUCUUUAUUCUAUAUAGCGCGGAGUCGAAGACAAGCCAAGUUCGGCCGGCUCCUGUCUAUGCGAGGAUGGCCAAUGAGGAGAAAAUGGAAGAUUGGAAAACUGUACUUUUGAUGAUCGACGUGGUUGGUUUACACUAUGGAAGAUAAAAUGGAGAUGGGAGCAUUUGGUCGGCGAUUUCAGGUCUAAACUUCGAUGGAAUCUGUUUUCGUUGUCAAAGUUUGAACAGGGGCUUGUAAGUUGUGACUUUGUGUAGUGAUGGCCAGGGGAGUAUAUUUCUCCCAAGGAUUUUUGAACUAGCACUAUGUGUCCAAGAAAAAUUUUGAGUUUACUUUUUUCCUUUUUAUUUUCUUUAACUUUUGGAAGGGUUGUUAAAGCUUUGCGAAAUUAGUGAACUUUUGGGUAUCUACCAGAAGGGCUGUCUUGCCAUAUGCUUAUUUUCUAAGCAUGCCAUGAAAGUAGUAUGCAGCUUUAAAAAAUAGCUUGUUUUAGUAUCUAAGUUAUUGGAUUUUGGAUCGGUUAAUAUCCAGAAUCAGAGAAUUAUUGCAUCAUGGAGCUUGGUGAGAUUGAGUUUUUCUGAAUUUAUUAAGUUUGUAAUCUUCUCUUCUUCAUCCUUGAUUAUCCAUUUCCACCCCCUCACACCUCCCAAUGUGAAAGCAUGUAGAUUGCCAUAUUAGAUACUGGACGCAUACCAAUCGUGUAAGCAAUCACUUCUUUGCCUUGAAUAAAUUGGUAGUGAAAUGUUUAAUAAGGAAUUGGAUGUACCUACUCUAUAAGCAGUCAAGCUUGGAAUGUUUCAUUUGAGGAUGUUUGAAUUGGGCAAACCUGCUGCAAACUAGUGUAAAAAUUGGGUCUACUCUGUCUUGAUUUCCUCUUUGUAAAAUUUGUGGUUUGCCUAUACUGUGCGCAUAGGCUUGGCUGAUCCUUGUCAGAUGCCCUUUGAACUAGGCCAAUUAACCAUCAUUAAAUUUGUUUGGUAAAGUUGAAUGUUGUCCCUUCACUGCCCCACUUCUGUCAAGGACACUGUUUCUUCUUCACAUUAGAUGUAGAUUUCUCCUUUGCAGUCCCACUUUGAAAUGGACACUCCAAAAAGCUGUCUUUUCAUCGUCUGAUGGGGUUGUAGUUAAGCAAACAUUUUUUUUUUCUUUUCAUUUUCUUUUGUCAUUAUUUUGUUCUGAUAGGCAAGGUGGAGCUAAUAGGUACAAAUUUUUAACAGUUAGAUGUUGGUUAUGGAAGAAUGGAAAUUGAUAAACCAUUAUAUCAAUAAAAUCAUCCAAAGAAAGGCUUGUUCUCAGUUUACAGCUCUUGCUGUAGAAGAAACAGAGGUAUACCUUACAGUUGUUGAAUAAGUGAAUUGAUGGAAGUGAAUGCGUUAUGGUUUGAAACAUCUCGACUUUGAAUUGAGAUACUGGUACUGAUCCAGCAAACUUGUGAUUUCAUCCUUACCAGCUGAGUACGGUCUGUAGAACAAUUCUUUAUUUACUUUAGAAACAAUAUCUUCUUCAUUUAAUAUAUAUAUAUAUAUAUAUAUUUUUUUUUUAUAUAUGCUUUGGUGAUGUCAUCUUGGCAAAACUGACCUCUGAAUUGAGAAGCAUGGAUUGGUUGGGGUUUGACCAGCCAGCUUGGCGGGUUGAAUUAUACUAUAUGGCCUGUGAUGAUCAUCAAUGCAUCAUGUGCUACCAUGUGAUAGGCUAUUGAAACCACAAAUCUAAUCUAUGCAUUGUAUUGCAGUGGUAGUGUUAUUUGUGAUUGUGAUGGAAUUCCCUAGCUCUUCGUGGAAAAGGGUCUUGAAAAGCAAUUCCGAAAGGAUUUGUCAAUAAGGUUAUUCUCGCUUGCCUGAAAAAAAAAAAAAA